AGGUAUAAAAAUACAGCCCAGGGCUCCCAGCAGCUCCUUGGCUAAAGACAUUAAAUCCUGUCCUGAUCCUGCUCAGGGUGGAUGGAGCCAUUUUAAGCUACAGUUUAAUUUAAGAUCUCUUGGGUAGCUGAGCCCACAUCAACGUGCAGGUUGUCACAGCUUUGGUGCCAAAAGGCCACUGCAGCCACAGAGCACAAACCUCUUUUUCCCUGCAGAUGGCACAGAGGGGACAUUCCACGGUCCCUUGGCGUCUCUUGGCUGUGGCCGGGAUGCUGCCCAGCUGAAGAGGGACCCACGGGGAUGAUCUGAGCAGCCCCAGGGAAGAUCAAGGGGGAGUGACAGUCCCGAGUGCCCCCUCAUCCACCCGGCAGAGGCUCCUGGCCCCAGGCAGGGCGCGGGGCCAAGCUGGGCUCGCUCCCCCCGCCCAGGCCGGAUGACAGAUGCCUGCAGUGGAGGAGAACACGCUGCAGUUCCCACUUCCAGCCUGGAUGCCUCCGACCCGGAGCUGCACUAUGAGGAGGAGGAGGAGGACGCGUUGUCAGAGUCCUUGGAGCCCUCAGACACCAGCAGCAUCUUCUCCGACGACUCCGUCUACCCUUGCUACGAGGUCUCCCCGGAGGCUGACGGUGGCGAGGUCCUCAGUCUCUACCAGUGCUGUGCCAGGAACGAUGCCAAGCUGGUGUGGGAGAGGCUGGAGCGUGGGGUGACCCGGAGUGAGGCCACAGAGCUGGACAUCAAUGGGAGGAACGGGCUGAUGGUCGCCUGCUCCAAGGGCUUUGUGGACAUUGUGCCGCUGCUGCGGAAGUGUCCCUACAUCAACGUCAACCAGCAGGACAACGAUGGGAACACGGCCCUCAUGAUGGCUGCCCAGGCAGGACACAUCACCAUUGUCAACUACCUCCUCAACUACUACCCUGCGCUCGAGGUGGACCAGCGAGAUCCCCGGGGCCUGACGGCGUUGAUGAAGGCAGCGGUGCAGGGGCGGCAGGACUGCGUCACCGCGCUGCUCCUGGCGGGAGCUGACCUGCAAGCGGUGGAUGCCGUGAAGGGGAAGACAGCCAGGGAAUGGGCGACCUUCACCGGCCGCUUCGAGACAACCGUGCGCAUCCGGACCCUCCUGCGGCGCCCGCGCGCAGAGCAGUUUGGAACCCAGUACCAGCCCGAGUGGCCGGCCCUGGCCGAGCUGGUGGCCAAGGCCCUGAGCCCCAAAUCCAGGAGCAAGAGGCUGUCGGAGAAGAUCCGAUCCAUGUUCACCUUCAACAUCCCCCGCGAUGCCGAGGAGGACGGUGUGAUGGACCACAUGGUGAGGAUGACCACGUCCCUUGCCAGCCCCUUCGUGGCCACUGCUUGCCAAACCAUCUGCCCCGACAGCCCGCCCGAGGUGGGCAAGCGCAGGCUGUCCGUGCCGGAGAUCCUCGGGCAGCACGUGCCGGAUCCAGAGGACGAGUCAGAGACGUCCUCGCGCCCCAGCACCGCAGGAUCAUCCUGCAACGGCCAAGCUGUGUCCGGGGUCCGGCUGCUGCCGCCGCGCCAGCCGCCCAGCCGCCUCCUGAGCUUCCUCCCGCUGUGGCUGCGGCGUGGCAACAUCAUCUUCCCUGGGGAGCCCAUCCCCAAAAUCAAAGUGAGCAAGACCUCUGAGUCCUCUGCCAGGGAGUGGACGCCACGUGUGAAGGACAAGAACCUGCUGCAGCCGCCUCAGUGGAGGUACAAGGCGCUGAAGGAGGAGAAGAGAGCGGCUGAGGAGGCCAAGGGCGGGGAGAAGAAGAAGAAGAAGAAAAAGAAGAAGAAAGGUUAAGGCAGGAGGUGGCAGGGUGGGGACAAGGGUCUCGCUGUCCCCUUGGAUCCACUGGCUUCUCUGGCACAGGGGUGGUUUUGCUCCCGGUGGAUGGGAAUGUCCAAGGGAGGAGGACGCACCCAGCUGAAAUAUCCCCGAGGGUUCACAGGCCCCUGCCUGGCCUCUUGUCCUCUCCACCCCAAGGGUGGCUAGCAUGGUACGUGUUGUGCUGGGCACUUCUGUGCUGAGACCCUGCACCGAGCUCCAGGGAUGCCAGGGAGCAGGACUGUGGCACGAGUCCUUCCUCUGUUUUUUCCUCCUCUUUUUUUUUCUUUUUUCCUGCCUCUUUGAUCUCCCCCAGCUCUCGAUUCCGCAGCGUGCGUUGGAAUGUGGCUGAGCAAAUUAAAAUGGAAGUGGUUGCCAUGCUAACGGGAUUGAUUCCAUGAAUAAAGCUCGGGGUUGCUGUGGGGCUGGCAGGAACGCUCCCCCUUUGCUGCCAGUGUCCCCUGGCCACCCUGUCACAUCCUCAGUGA